AUGAAUGACGAGGGACGUGUAUUAACUGAAGAAGAGAAAAAAGCACGAAAGAAAGCCGAUCGUGAACGUAAGCGUCAAGAGGCUCGUGAUGCAGCUGAAAAGAAGAAACGCUUUGCGUUGACACCUGAAAAGAAGCGUAAACUUCGGCUUCUUAUUAUGAAAAUGGCAACAGAAAAUUUAAAAAAUGCUGCCGAAGAACGUUUAGCUGCUCGUCAAAACUAUAUCGAAGAACGUGUUAGAGCAAUUCCGAAUGAUCUUAAUUCUCUUAAUGAAGCUCAUCUUGUUUCAUUAGUUAAAGAAUUUUAUAAACAAUUGGCUGAAACCGAAGAAGCAGCAUAUGAUCUUGAAAUGAAAAUUCGAAAACAAGAUUAUGAUAUUAAUGAAUUAACAAUUAAAGUAAAUGAUAUUAAAGGAAAAUUUAUAAAACCAACAUUGAAAAAAGUAUCAAAAACAACACAAAAAUUACAAAAAUUACACAAACCAAAAGAAGAAGAAAUUGAUUUUCGUGCUCAUCUUAAACAAUCAACUAAUAAAUUUGCAUUAAAAGAUGAACAUAAAGAUGAUGAUAAAGUUAAUUUUCGAGAACAAAUACAACUUAAAUCAACUAAAGGCGAACAUCAUCAUGAAGAAGAAUAA